AUGUCAUCUCUGUCUGCCGCUCAGAUUCGGGAGGUGUUUGAAAAUUUGGACACGGACAAAUCAGGUCGAUUGUCGGUGAAAGAAAUCAAACAGGCUUUGAAUCAGAUGGGCGCUUCCUACACAGACACAGAGAUUGCUCAGUUCAUUUCGGAUCACGACCAGGACGGUGACGGACAAUUGGAUUUACAGGAAACCAUCAAGUGGUUCACUGCAUUUGUAAACAGACCACCUAAGAAGAAGUAG